CAUACCGGGCCGGGGGCGUCGCGACGCGCACGACCCACGCAUCUGGUCGCACCCCGAGGUCCAAAGUCGCCUUCCGAACGGCGCACAAAGCAGUAUUCCGCCUGUCACCAUUUACGGCGCCAAACGCUCAAGUCUCCAUACGCACGUUCCCAAGGUUAAAGCUUGAAGCACAAGUGUGAGGACGACUUGCGAAACGCCACACCAUCCACCGCUUCAGCCUGUUCCCCGAAAGCCUAGAAACCUACCCAAGCCAACAUGGCGCUAAGCCGCCGUCCCAGCCGCACACGCGCCGAGCGGCGGCCGCGCGUCCGCUCGUCGCCUCUGCUGCUGCUGGCCGGUGCGGCCGCGGCGCUGCUGCUGCUGCUGUGCGCAUCACCGAGCGUGCAUGCCGAGGCGGACACCAUCAGCAGUUCAACAGCUGCAGCCGGCCGCACCGGCGCUUGGGGCCUUUUGCGCGGCGGCGCCCUGCCGGCAGGCCUCGCGAGCUCUGUCGUUGCUGACGCCGCCUCGCGCGGCGGCGGGGGUGUGAGGCUGCUGGCCCGGCGGCUGCUGUCUCCCUGGGUGGCACGCGGCGUGUCUCGUCCCAUCUGCAACUCCCCCGCGGUGCUGUGCUCCAGCGCCUGGUCCCUGGACGGCAACUGGGUCAAGGCGAGCUACAAGAUCGCGGAGAACGAGCCCAAGGCGGCGGCUGGCGGGGGCUCGGGCGCGGGCCGUGGCACAUUCCUGGGUGCCGCCGUGAGCAGGGGCUGAUGAUGAGUGUGGGGGUGCGGGGUGCGGGUUUCAUGGAGGGGCGGCAUGACGUUGCGGUGUGUUGCCCCUGCCGCUAAUAAUAACAACACGUGACGUUGGGAGGUGGUGCUAGGCGGUGGGUGCUGACGGGUGCGUGGUUGUUGUCGUCAGGGCCUGCUAGGGCUAGCUGCCAUGCUCUGUGUACGUAUGUGUGCUGCCAGGGACGCUAAUUAACAGAGCGCUAGCUGCAUGGGUAUGGCUGUGCACCUGAUUUCUUAGGGCUGAUU